AUGAAUUCAUUACUCUUCAAAAACUCAGGCUUUUUCAGGAAAAAUCUUACUUCUUCCUCUCUAAAAUCAGCAAAUGAUCUUCUAUCAUUAAACCAAAAAAGAUGCUUUGCCAAAUCGUUCUUUAAAAAGGAAUCCAAUUCAAAUCCAAAUCCAAAUAUCAUCAAGUCAAGUGCUUUACCUGACUCCUUAGUCAUACUUGGAGGAGUGGCCCUAGCCUCAACUUUGGCUUACUAUCUUUACGAUGCUAAAUCAUCCUUUCAAGAAUAUGUCACUUCCCCAGUUAUUAGAUUGGUAACCGAUGGAGAAAAUGGUCAUAAAUUUGGUAUCUUUGCUCUAAAAAAUGGUUUAUGCCCCAGAAUUGUCGAUGAUAACGAUAUCGAUUUACUAAAAGUAAAAAACAUAUUUGGAGGUAGAACUUUAUCAAAUCCAAUUGGUAUGGCUGCUGGUUUUGACAAAAAUGGUGAAGCAAUUGAUCCCUUAUUUGACUUGGGUUUCAGUUAUGUCGAAAUUGGCUCAAUUACUCCAGAACCUCAACCAGGAAAUCCAACUCCAAGAGUCUUUAGAUUACCUAGAGAUGAGGCCAUUAUCAAUAGAUAUGGUUUUAAUUCCGAUGGCCAUUGGAGCGUUCUAACUAAUCUUAGAUUAAGAUUGGAAAAAUACUACUACCAGAAAAACUACCAUUUGAGUUUAGAAUCACCUUAUUCAAAUGCUUUCAGAGAUGAAAAAAUCUUAGCCAUAAAUUUAGGUAAGAAUAAAAAUGGCGAUGAAAUCGAAGAUUAUACACUAGGUGUUCAAAGAUUUGGCGAAUAUUCAGAUGUAUUAGUUAUCAAUGUUUCUUCUCCAAAUACUCCCGGCUUGAGAACUCUACAGUCAAAUGAAAAAUUAACCAACCUAUUAAAGGCUGUUAAAAAAGAAAGAGAUAACUUAUCUGGAACCAUAAUCGAUAAAUACCAUAAACCAUCACUCUUGGUCAAAAUAGCUCCAGAUUUAAGUGAAAUGGAGAUAAAAUCAAUUGCAGAAUCCGUAAAGGAGUCCAAAAUCGAUGGUAUAAUUGUUUCCAAUACAACCAUUCAAAGACCAAUUAACUCAAUGAGAACUGAUGAUGUAAAAUUAUUAAAAGAACAAGGUGGUUUAUCUGGUAAACCAAUUAAAGAAUUGUCUUUAAAGGCAUUGAGAACUUUGAGAAAAUAUACAAAAGAUGAUCCAAGCUUAAUUUUAGUCGGUUGUGGUGGUAUCAGCAGUGGUAAAGAUGCCAUUGAAUUUGCUAAAGCUGGAGCAUCAUUUGUUGAAGUAUUAACUUCAUUUGCAUAUAGAGGACCAGGAUUACCAUAUAAAAUAAAAAGUGAAAUUAUCAACGAACUUAAAAAAGAAGGCAAAACUUGGAUGGAUAUCAUUGGUGAAGAUGAUAAAUAA